AUGGCUAAGCAGUACUUCGAGAAAAUCUUCAAGGUUGUUCAGCUUGCAAGAGAUCUUUGUUGUCAUUUAAGAACGAAGUGGUGUGGAGCCGGGGAUAUCGCCAAGGACGACAACGACCUCGGGAGAGAGAUCGAAACGGACAAGUGCUGCCGCGAUCACGACAACAACGCGGGUAGCAUUGGGUCUUUUGAAGAAGAGCACGGCAUCAUCAAUUUACAGAUCUUCACAAUGACGAAUUGCCGGGACGACUGCAAGUUCUACAAUUGCUUGGUAAACGUGAGCACACCGACAUCUGAUAUCAUUGGAACAAUCUUCUUCAACGCCCUUGAUGCUCACUGCUAUGCAUACGGGUAUCCUGAAGAAUGCGUUCGGUACAAUGCGUACGUGGCCAUGACCUAA